AUGGAAACAUUUUCUGAUGUACUUGUGAUAUACUUCUUCAUUUUUGGGUCCAUCUCAGGUUUCACUGAAGGAGCUGGUGUGUUGCCUGAUGAUCAUCUGAAUGCAACUGUAGGAGAAACGGCGAUGUUCACUACAACACUGUCUCAAACAGAGAAACCGCUUCAAUCUGUGAACUGGAAUGUUAAUUUCACUACAGAUAUAGUAUACAUGAUUAACUCAGAAGAAACUAUUGAACCUGAGUAUGAAGGCAGGAUCACCUUCUUCCCAUCUACUGCGUCUUUGGAGCUCAGGAGUCUCACUCUGGAUGACAAUGGAGAAUACACUGUUACCAUUGUACAAGAUGGAAAAAUCCAGAAUGGCCGUACUACUCUGUUGAUAUAUGAGAAAGUCUCCAAUGUGUUGGUAAAUUCCAGCAGCACAGACUUGGUUGAGUUCAGUGGUUCUGUCUCUCUGUCCUGCUCUGCCUCUGGAUCCUCUCUCUCUUUCCUCUGGUUGAACGGCAGCUCUGAGGUUACAGCAAGUGACAGAGUUCAGCUCACUGAUGGAGGCUCCAGUCUGACUAUAAUCAAUGUGACCCGCUUUGACCAGGGACCAUUCAGGUGUCGUGUGUCCAAUCCUGUCAGUACUGGUACCAGUGAUCCAGUAAACCUCACCAUCAGCUAUGGUCCAGAAAAUAUACAUUUGAUCUUACCUCCAUCAAAAGGAUACUUUCCUGUAGGGUCAGACAUCAGCCUCACCUGCUCGGUUGGAUCCAGACCCCCUGCCCAGUUUAACUGGUUUCUGAAUGGAGAUCAGCUGCCUUAUACUGGAUCAGAGCUCAGACUGAUGGAUGUUCAGAUGAGUCACAGUGGAAACUACAGCUGUCAGGCCUUUAACAGCAAAACUCUGAGAUCUCAAACAUCUGAGCCUUCAGCCAUCACUGUGCUGGAGAAAAUAUCAGGUCCUUCAAUUUUGCUUAACUCGUCAACAAACCUGCCAGCUGUGGGGACUUCUGUCAGCUUAUCCUGUGAGGCUUCUGGCUCAGUCUUUACCAGAAACUGGAUGAAGGAUGGCUUCAAACUGACCCUGACUGACAACAUGAUCCUUUCUGACAAUAACAGAGUGUUGACCUUUAACACUGUGAAGAAGAAAGAUGAAGGAGAAUAUUUUUGUAAUGUCAGCAACCCUGUCAGCAGUGAUGGAGUUAAAUAUGUUCUGAUUGUUAACUGUAAGUAA